AUGAUUGGUCAGCCAACCCUGAGUAAAGGCGCUGUCCACACUACUAAGGCAGCGAGCUUGAACUCUGACGACGACAAUUUAGCGCAUCAAUUUAGUCCCAAAGUCCUCCGGUUCCUUGAAAAGGCGAGUACUUCAAGCGCCGAAAAGAACUCUUCCAGUCUCUUCACAAAUCCUGAUGUCCGCAAUUUGUUGGGGAUUACGGAGCCUCCCCCUACAAUCCUGCGUGACGAGAAACCUGGAGAGAUCAUGGAUAAUUAUAAGCAAUUCGAGGAACACGAAAUUUUCACUGGUCCCGGAGUUCGAAAGCUACUCUCAAAUGGCCGAGACCAUAUUUCUAUCAUGAAGAUGUCUCGAACAAGUUUCUGGUCGAUCGAACGUGUUGACAAUCAUGGUGGCUUGCUCCGGUCUCUAAAAUCGGACCCUCAAUUUGAUCAUGAGAAAUCGCCUUCUACCACCCAGGACGCGGACUAUUUGAUAGGAUAUCCAUGGCAUGCCAACUCUUGUUGGCUUGAUAGUUCUCUGGAAGCUCUAUUUUGGACCUUCAUGCGCAACUGGCCAGAGGUUGAAACGGUAUUCAGGAGGGCCACUUCCGAUUCGCAUGGCUUUUCCAUGGUCUACCGGGUACUACAAGCUCGUCGAUCUAUGAUCAUGGGCCCCAUCAGUGGUCCAAUCGGAAUCGUUUCCUCGCAGCUUAAAUCUCAGCGUGAAACAGUGCGACGAUAUCUGGAACAGGAGCGCAAGCUUUUGCAGCCGGGUUCAAAUCAACCCCAGGCAAUCUUCACAUGGUUUGCGAACGUCAUGAAUAUCACUUCGAAGAUCAAGAAGUCCCGCUCUCUCUCCUACACCGAUACUUUCAUCAUGUCGACCUUCGACGCUGUACUGGUGAUCGAUCUGAUCUCUUCACCGAGGAACACUCCUUCAUGGGGAUUCAAGAAACCCAUCUUCCUGGUUGUUGGUGCCUCAGAGAAGGUCAUCGCUUAUGCGCCGGAUCGGCUUCCCUUGUACGAUUUGGUGGUAGACGAUCAGGAACGUCCGUGGAAUUUUCCACGGGCUGCACGAGUUGCUGGUCUUUUGGGCAGAGAAGCAGUUCACAGGAUCGAUAUUUCUGAUUUCACAUACGACAUGACAGCUCGUAUCUUCAGAGGGAUUCACGGGACCCAUCAUUUCGUAACAAGGUUUGUAACAUCAAGGUCGGGAGCUGGGAAUCAUGAGGCGGCCUUCUUUUACGAUGGGCUCGUGCGAGGGGGACGUAGCCGAAGAGAAGAAGGAGAAUUGGAUUCUUUACUCUCUGGAAGCCAACCGAAAUUGCCAGUUACCUACUCUGGCUUUCAGACAUGCGUGAUGCAGCAUCAUGCCGCUGAAAACCACCAAGUCGAUAUUAUACCCACCAAGUCUGGGAUCUGUUCAGUGUCAUUUGUUGGAAAGGGCUCCCAGCACAUCCCGAUAGCGGAACGUUUUUGGCUAGAUCCUGGUACACUUUCUACUUUGGAGAAGCGGUCAAACCCUCCUCUUGAGUAUUUCUUCUCCCAAGAUUCCCCGACUGUGCGGCCCGUCCGGAAAUGGUCCGUUGGGGAGCUAAACAGAUAUCCCCUGGACGAAAGCUAUGAAGAGGCCAUCGAUAUCUACCGAUCUUUCAAAGUGCACCUUCUCUCGACUAUAAGAGCAAGAUCUGCAGAGGACUCUGCAGAAACUAUACGACCUCUACGAAUAGCUAACAUGCCGAUAAGCUCAGUACUCACAUACGAUGAGACAGUGUACCCCAUACACCGAUCUCCUUGCCUUCCCGCUCGCCAAGUAGUACCAGCGCCUUCGUCAGGCAUCAGUGCUGUUAGCACACCCCAACCACCAGGAGCCUUCAGCACACGUCGUCAAGACGUGGGUGCUAUACCUACUCCAGGAAUACUGAAAUCGGUUCCGAAAUUGGGAGAGAGGCUAGCGCGCUCGGUGUCUUUCCCUCCUCACUCUGAGUCCGACAGUGAGAAUGAGAUAUUGCCCACCACCCGGAGGGUGGAUAUUUUUCAUGCAAAGGAAGAACAGCAGACCCCAGAUCUAUCUAAAAAGUCGUUUUUCGGAGAUAAGCCCAUUGGGCUUUCCAACCCAUCAAGGAAAAGCUCCACUUUAGAUCCAAGGAGGCCAAUGGCAAGCACCAGUUCCGCAUUCGGUACCAAUGCGUCAACGACGGCAAAUGUCUUGGGAGGUUUACAAUCUCUGUGGUCACCCAGUGCAGAACUUCAAGUCACGCUUACGACCGAUUCAGGAGAAAUACUAGGUCAACAGCGCCAGAGAUUUAAAGGUGUUCCUUUCACUCUGUACGCGAGCGCAGCAGACGUCAUUCUACACCGUGUACCCACUCAUCGGCUGAAUCCUGCCACGCCCGCAAUCGGAGACAUCUAUGUUCAUCACAUUCUGUCGCCUGACUUAUAUCAGGUUUUCUUUUUCAACGGAAAUAUGUGGGAAAGGGCCAAGCAGCCAAGAUUAAAAACCGAAGGGGGGCGAGUUUCCCUUGACAAGCAGGUGGCAACUCAACAUCCGGCACAUAAAAAGCGAUUCUUAGUUAUGCGGGGUGGCACGGUCGAGGUACACUGGUACACUCACAGAACGGAAGAAAAGCGCUCUUCCGCUGUACAGUCAUCACCCGGUCGGAUCAUGGUGAAUUUUUUCGAGGAAAGUCCAAAAUUACCGGUUACCGGCACCUCUGUACACCGGUUUCCGUGCGCCAAAUUUGGGCCACUGUUUCCCAAUUUGGAGUAUUUUCUCACGGCUCUGAAUAGUGGUUCUGAAUAUAAAAAUAAAAUUGGCACCACAAUAGAGCGGAAAGAGGAGUUAUAUUCAAAUGUACAAAGGAAUAGUGGUGUACAAAAGACCGGGUGA